GUUAGUAUUUUCCAGCCAACGGUGCCUCACAGGUGUGCUUAGAGUCCGCAGUGCGAGUGCAAGCCUUGGUUUUACUUUAACCCCAUAAAUCAGCCUGGAUAUCGAAUUGGAUUAAACACCACCCACAAUAUCACCAGAAAAUACCCAAAAAGAAAAACACCCGGAGAAACGGAUUAUCAAUUGUUUGUAGUGCCCAGUGAUUAUAUAUAGUGACCCCAUCUAAACUGAUCUAAACUGUUUGUGAAAAUGUGGAAAACCGUGUGUUUGCUGCUUGUACUGAUGGCCACCUGCAACGCAGGACCACUAAGUAAUCAUCAGAAAAGAAAAGCUCCAGUGACUCGUGAAGAUCCUCUGCCAGCUGAGGUGGAAAUGCCGGAGCAGACCGAAUCGGAGGCUGAAUCCGCUCCGGCGGAGGCAUCUUCUCUGGGAACCCUCACCCUGCCCAGCAAUGCCACAUCCAUUCGAUCGGACAUCACGGAUAACUUCUCUUGUGCCAACAAGACGUAUGGCUACUACGCGGAUGUGGAGAACGAUUGCCAGAUCUUCCACGUUUGCCUGCCGGUUACCUACGCCGAUGGACGGGAGAACACCUUCCGCUGGAGCUUCAUCUGCCCCGAGGAGACGAUCUUCAGUCAGGAAUCCUUCACUUGCAUGCGUCGCGAGGACAUGACCAUUGAGUGCGAAGAUAGCUCUAGGUACUACGAACUGAAUGGCAACUUUGGUGCUCCUGCGGAGGAGGAGAGCAAACCCACUCCCGUAGAAAGUGAGCAGCCGGAGAAGGAGGAGUCGGAGCCCAAGCCAGUUGAAGUGGAGCCAGAGGUUCCGGCUGAGGAGCCAGAGGUCCAGCCCGCCAAACCCGUGAAGCCAGUAAAGGUGCAGAAGCCCAAGCCCAAUCGCAGGAAGCCACAGCCCCAGAGAAAGGUUCCAGUUCCCGUGCCAGUGACAGCUGCUCCUGAGGUGGAAGCUGCUCCAGAACCAGUAGCCCCCGUUGAAGUGGACUCCAAGCCCAUUAAGCCACAGCGUUUCACCAUCAGACCCAAUAAGGAGAGACCCCAGGCGAUAAAACCAGCCAUUGUGGCUCCACCCAUGCGUAAUGAACUCUUCAAUGGAAUCCGCAAGCGUCCAGCGAUUUUCAAUAAGCCUACUACCGUAAAACCAGUAGAGGAAGUGGUGGAUAGUGAGCCGGCAGUUACAGAACCUGUGGUCCAGCUCAGUGAACCCCAGCCCACCCUGAAACUGCAGACCCUGUUUGCAGAACCCGAAGCGAUUCCCGCCGUAGAGGUCCAGGAACCAGAGGUUCAGGCUUCUGAGCCAGCUGUGACUUUUGUCCAACUAGAACCAGUAGAUAAAGAGGGGACUCCCGAAAAGUUUGAGAUUGAUACCAGGAUUGAGGAUGUCAAGCCAAUUGAAGCCUUUGAAGAAAUUCCAGCUGUCAUAGUGGAAAGUUUGGAUGAGUCAAAGCCUCAGGACAGCGAGACGAAACCAGAAGCGCAGGAGGAAACUAAGAUAACCGAAGAGGCCAAACCAGAAGAAGAUACAAAGUCAGAACAAGAUAACAAGCCAGAAGAAGAUACUAAGCCAGAAGAAGAGAUCAAGCCUGAAGAAGAGAUCAAGCCUGAAGAAGAAAUCAAACCUGAAGAAGAGAUCAAGCCUGAAAACGAGAUCAAGCCUGAAGAAGAAAUUAAGACAGAGGAGGAAAUCAAACCAGAGGAAGAAAUAAAACCAGAGGAAGAGAUCAAGUCAGUGGAAGAAAUCAAACCUGAGGAAGAGAUCAAACCAGAGGAAGAAAUCAAACCAGAGGAAGAGAUCAAGCCAGAGGAAGAGAUCAAACCAGAGGAAGAGAUCAAACCAGAGGAAAUACAACCCGAAGAGGACCCAGAAGUUCCAGCCAAAGUAGAGGAAAUUCAUGAAGUUAUUCCCGAGCAAAUCAAAUCGGAUCCAGCUAUAAUCGAAACCAGCAAUUCCAAUGAAGAUCCCCUGAAUCUUGAAUCUUUGGAAGCAGCCAAGCCAGCAGAUGCGCCCGAAAGUAUGCCGGCCACUCCCGAAAUGGAGCAACAUAGUGCGCUGGUAGAGGAAAUCCUAGAUAACAACCAUGAUGGGGAGGCUCAGGAAUCCCUGGGAGGUUUCAAGCCUGUAGAUCCUGUGAUGGCCGCCGAGGCAGAGCAACUGAUCACCGACUUUCUGAACACCCUAAAAAAGAACGAAGAGAAACCAGAGACUGAAAUGGCAGAGAGCAUUUUACCACAGGAGAAUGCGGAUGUGUCCAUUGAAGAGGCUAAGCUGCCAGAGCCCGAAAUUGUGGACAAGAAUGCCUCAGUUGAGGAGCAACUGCUGGAGGAAUCGGAGGUCCAGAAGGCUCAGAAGCCCCAGAUGAUGCAGGAUUCCCCUAUUAUUAACAUUAUGCAGCUGCACCAUAUGCCCAUGGACUAUCAGAUUCCAGUUCAGGUGAUUCCCGUUGAGGUCCAGCCUGUUUCCGCGAUCCCUGAGGAAUCAGAGGUCACCAAGGAAAGUGCUCCUGAGGAACAAAAGGAAAGUGCUGCCGAGGAAAUCAAGGAAAGUGCUCCUGAAGUCAUUCCCGACGAAGUUAAGGAAGCUGCUCCUGAGGAAGUCAAUGAAAUACCUAGCGAGGAAACACCUGCCGAGGAACUGAAGGAAUCUACUCCUGAGGAAAUCAACGAAACUAUUCCCGAGGAAAUUAAGGAGACUUCCCCAGAAGAAAUUAAAGAGUCCGAACCUGAAGUUGUUCAAGAAUCCCAAGAUGAGCUGGUGGCAAAACCAGAGGAAACUCCUUUAAAUGACGAUCCCCAGGAGACCCUUGUCACCGCCUCCUACAUGCCCUCGAUCAGCAUCGAUGACAUUGUGGAGCUGGUCAAGGAGCGCCUGGAUCAGACGCCCAAGAAGGAUCAGAUGGCUCCCAUGGAGUUGAUCCUUACGCCAGGAGCGGCCGCACCCAUGACCCUGGUUCAGAGCAAUCCGGAGCAAGGGGAGGAGGCAUCCCAGCCAGCAGAAGAUGAGGAGCAGAUCCUGCCCAUCUACAAGCGCAUCUCCGCCGCUGAACCCACCAUGUCCAAGGUGCAAACGAUGCCCGUGACGGUGAGCAAGGUGGAAACGGAAGUCCUGCCGGAAACUGAAUCCCAACCGGAAGUCCGGGAACCCAAAAUGGAUGCCCGUAAGCGUCGUUUCCUAUUCCGCGCCGAUGCCAGUUAAAGAGGAAGAGAGAGAGAGAGAUACAGAAGGCCAGAUAGCAAUCCUGGCGAGGAUCACCCUCCUCCUACUUAGCCCGAACCGGAACCCCGUUCACCUCCUAGUUCCCUAAAACGCUAUCCCACUCAUUUGCACCUAGGCAAGUUUUAUUUAAUAAUUUUUUGAUUUCCUAGUUUUAUGGCCAUUUCUUAAAGGAAAAACGAGCACGAGAGUUGAAAUUUAAGUUUAGAAUUGUUGUUCCGACGAGUUAAAAAAGCAAAUUACACAAAA